AUGCUGAUCUCUAAGCCCUCACCGCCAUUUCGGCCUCAAAGAACUGGCCUUGACUGGAAGUUUCCGCAGCCGUGUCGCUCUCUUCUCAUUAGACUUUGCGCCGAAAUGCCUCAAGCCCACGCAGUCCUCGUCCAUCAUCUCCUCGACCUUGGAGUAUUUCUUCGCUUUCCCUUUGGAUGCGCUCGCCUUCAAUGUGCCGUUGCCAGGAGUAGCAGCUGGAAAGAUUUCUCGCUACGCGUCGUGCUUGAGUAG